AUGCAGGCUCAGUUGGAUCGAGUUGGCUGUUUUCCUUAUUCUGCGGUAGAAGGAGCACAAGCGAACGAUUUGCCCAAUCCCGUACCUGAAACCGUUAAGUUGGCACGCCAAGAAGCGUUCAUGGCAUUAGCAAGCGAGAUUUCUACUGCACGAUUGCAGUUGAAAGUUGGUAAACGUUGUAAGGUCAUUAUCGAUCAAGUCAGUGCACAAGGUGGUAUAGGACGUACGAUGGGAGAUGCUCCAGAGAUUGAUGGAGUUGUUUAUAUUCAACCAGCAACAAAGGCCUCUAAACGUUAUCGAGUGGGAGAUAUU